GUAAAACUAAAUGUAUAACAUAAAACAAGUGUGAUUUAGUUCUGUACAUUAUAUUUAUGUUAUGGUGAAAGAUAACUUAUUGCAACAAUAAUAUGUUUAAUAUGAUGGUAUGGACAAUUAUUACAAAUAACAGGUAACACCUUUUGAUGUGGCCUUAUUGUAUGAGUGUAUGAAUGGUAUUUAAAUGCAAGAUACAGAUAGAUGUUAAAACUGGUAUGUUAUUAAAUGCAUUUGACAAAACUCUUAUACACAUGUAUAUAGUAUUUUGACUGAAUCAUCACAAGACAAGUGUCCUGUUGUACACAUAUACCUUUAUCAUAAUGUCAUACUUAAGAAAAAUCAUGCAGUCCACAAUACAGAAACGACAUAUUUUGAUAGCUAUAUUGAUCUUAGUUGUACUGAUCAUCAUAUUACAAUUUGGUGGUCCACAUUACUGUAGAUACAUUGACAUAAAGAAGAAGAUUGAAUACAUCUGUAUUGAAGAUCCUGAUACUCAAAAUAAAACAGGACUAGAAGAUGUCAAACCUUUACCUCUAGUUUAUCAAAACAACUACUUUAUAGAUAAAAAUUCAGGUGGAAAAGUUCAGGCCAAAAAACUUUAUAGACCAUCAACAAGAAAUGAUUUAGACUUCACUGCAGCUGAAAAGAGCCGCAUACAUUCAUGCGUUAACAAUUUCAAAAGUGAUUGGAAGAAGGGCCAAAGUGAUUUCUGGGAUGGAGAUGAACAGUAUGUAAGACGCACCCAUCACAAUUAUCUCAUUCCUGGGGACAAUGUUAUGAUUGAAGUAGGGGGAAAUGUUGGCGAGGAUGCUCAAUAUUACUUAGACACAUACAAGCCAAAGCAUUAUAUCAUGUUAGAACCUUUAAAACUGUUAUACCGAAAACUUCAACAACGAUUUAAAAAUUACACGAAUGCAAUUACAUAUAAUGUUGGACUUGGUAAAAGAAAUGAAAAAUUUAUGAUAAAAAUGGAAGGUAAUGUUGGUGAUGCUUCUUCACCAUUUUUUGGUUCCGGCGAAGGAACCUGUUCUCUCAAGGUUAUAAAUGCAAUUGAUUUUUUCAGUGCACUUGGUGUUGGUAACUUCAAGGUUGAUCUGAUUACCAUAAACUGUGAGGGUUGUGAAUAUGAUUUGUUGGAGACAAUUUUAUCUACAGACCUUGUGUAUCACUUUAAACAUAUCCAAUUUGGUACUCAUCCAACGCUGAAAAACCUUGCUGAUCCUGUCAGAAGAUAUUGCCAAAUACAAGAAAGGUUGAGUAGGACCCACAAGUUAACUUAUCAAUAUAAGUUUACAUGGGAAACCUGGAAGUUAAAAGAUAUUUAGUCUAUGUACAUUCCAUUGUUAAAGUUAUCUUUACAUUUAUUCAUUUUCUUCAUACAACUGAGUAUUCUACAAAUGACAGAUCUGUGAGACAUGUACAUGUGCUUUUUUAAUUAUAAGUCUGUAUUAAUAUUAAUGAUACAAAAAACAUAAUGCAUUAUCAUAUAUAUCAAUUCUACAGAUAUAUAAUUUUGUUAUCCAUUACCAAGUAACUGUUAGGCAUGCAAAGUGAAAUAGGAAAUGGUUCUUCUCAUAUUGCCUCAUGAUGGAAGAAAAUGAGAGUCACAAAGAAUUGCACUAGAGAUGAUGGAGUUAUUUCCCUUUACAGAAUUGUCAUGAAUCAUUCCAUAUAUUAUUUAAUUUCCAACCAACAAUUUAUUUCCCUUUUACAGAAUUGUCAAAGAGCAUGUCAUCUAUCAUAGAGAUGGAUAUUAGCUUUUGAUAUACUAAACACAAUUAUUUGUAUGCUUUCCACCUUUGAAUCACCUGUUUUGUAACUUUUACAUGGUGUGGUACUUGCUCAUUAAUGUAACGUUCCUUUUAAAGUCAAACAUAUUUAAUAUUUCUUUGGAUAUAUAUUCGUUUAAAUCUUUUUUAUACUUAUCCAUUCAUAUUUUACAUUUCAUUUUAAGGUAAAUGAAAAUAGCUUUAACCCAGUCACAUUAGAUUACUUUCAGAUCAUUUUUCAAGAUGCAUUAUAAUAAUGUCCAUCUGAUAUUCAGUUUACACAUUUUAAUGUUUUCAUGGUAUUUUUUUUAGUGCAAUUAGGGACAUACAAGUACAACUUUUAUUUGUGUUAAUAUUUUAUGUUUUAUCAUACUGUUGUCAUGGUUAUAUUUUAUGUUUACAAAUUAGUCCGCUUUUACAGAUGUCAGCAUUAAAGGUUGCAUUUAUUUUGUAUUUUAUUGUAGGUUUUACUGUUUGUCAUGCAUUAAUUUUGUUGUUAAUUUACUGAGACAUUAUAAAUACAGCAUGUUUGUGCAUAAAAGUUAAUAGAUAGGUAGGUCAUAAGAACGUUGUCUUAGUUAAGUUAUAUGUUUGAACAUUUGUAUGGAUAUAUACUUGAAUGAUUUAUCUGACCUUAUUUUGUUUAUUUAAACAAUGAAAAUACCUGUGUAUUAUAAAACGCACAUUAUUUAGUAGAUUGGGAAACUGUUUAAUUCAAAAUAAUAGGGUUAAAGACUGUACAAAGAUAUACUUGGUUUACCAGUUUUACAAAAUUGUAUAUUUGUGUUUUAUCAUACUUGUAAAAAUCUGACCAGUUGCAACAAUACAGUGAGUUGUGUAUAAAUCUAUCUAACAAAUUUGGUUAUGACAGUGGGAAACAAUUCACAAUAUAAAUUGAAAAUAAUCUCAUUAGCCUUUUUGGUUAAGAAAAGAUAUGAAAAUUUGUUUUUUGUUAUUAAUCAUGUCAUGCAUAUGAAUGCCCUAAUUUCACCCUGUAGCGUCAAUUGUUAUUUGAGUA